UCCACAGUGUUAGUAGAAUAGUCUGAGCAUCGGAAUAAAGACAGAACGAACUUGAGAGUUUUUAGCGAACAUUAAGAUUAAGACUAUUUAACACAUGGAAUAAAUUGGAGAAUUAAAGAAGAAAUAACGGGACAACGAAGCUCUUCAACUUAUCCAUCUGUGACUUAUUUAUUUUAUUCAGAUUUCUGGGGUUUCAAGAUGAAGCUGACAGGAGUCUUUCUCCUUUUGGUGCUUUGGAAUUGUGAGGGCAGCAGGGUGGCAGAGAGUAGAGAUGAUAACAGUGUAUACGACCUAUUCGAGCUUGUGAAAGUGAACAAAAGGCACCAAGGAGUUACCUUGGUAAAAGGCGCAGAUCCRUACAGCCCAGCCUAUAAGAUACUGAACGCAGACCUGAUCCCCCCGGUUCCCGAGAUCUCCUUCAGGGACCUCAUUGAUUCGAUACAAGCUGAGAGGGGAUUCCUUCUCCUGGUCAACUUCAAGCAGUUCAAGAAAACCAGGGGCAGUCUUUUGACUGUGGAGAAGGAUGACGGAUCAGGACCGAUAUUCGAAAUCAUUUCUAAUGGCAAGGCGCAAACUCUGGAUGUGGUAUACUCUACCGGGAACAAGCAACAGGUAGUGUCCAUAGAAGAUGCGGAUCUAGCGACUGGACACUGGAAGAAUAUCACGCUGUUCAUUCAGGAGGAUCGUGCCCAGCUGUUCGUCGGGUGUGAAGAGAUCAAUAUAUCAGAAAUGGAUGUGCCCAUCCAAAAGGUCCUGACGCAUGAGGUUGCCGACAUUGCCCGUCUGAGGAUCGGAAAAGGAGCUGUGAAAGAUAGAUUUAUGGGAGUGCUUCAGAACGUGCGCUUCGUUUUUGGAACCACUUUGGAGGCGAUUUUACGCAAUAAGGGAUGCCAAAACUCUGCAACUUUGACUGAUGUCAUGACACUGGACAACCCAGUAAAUGGGUCCAGCCCAGCAAUAAGGUCUGAUUACACUGGCCACAAAACCAAAGAUAUUCAGCAAGUCUGUGGUUUUUCCUGUGAGGAUAUCACCAGCAUGUUCAAGGAGCUCAAGGGCCUUGGUGUGAUUGUUAAGCAGCUGUCAAAUGAGCUCAACAGAGUGAAUAAGGAGAGCACUCUGCUCAUGAACCAGAUGAACAUCCACAGUGGGAUCUGUCUUCACAACGGCAUUGUGCACAAGGACAAAGAAGAGUGGACUGUGGACGACUGCACAGAGUGUACCUGCCAGAACUCUGCCACUGUGUGUCGCAAAAUCUCUUGCCCCCUGAUGCCCUGUGCCAACGCCACCGUGCCUGAUGGAGAGUGCUGCCCACGUUGUGGAAACCCGAGUGACUAUGCUGAGGAUGGCUGGUCCCCCUGGUCUGAAUGGACCCAUUGUUCUGUGUCUUGUGGACGGGGUAUCCAGCAGCGAGGUCGCUCCUGCGACCGCAUCAACAGCAACUGCGAAGGCACUUCUGUGCAGACCCGCGACUGCUACCCUCAGGAAUGUGACAAGCGCUUUAAGCAGGAUGGUGGCUGGAGCCACUGGUCUCCCUGGUCCUCCUGCUCUGUGACCUGUGGUGAGGGAGUCAUCACCCGAAUCCGCCUCUGCAACUCCCCCACUCCCCAGAUGGGAGGCAGAGACUGCCAAGGACAGGGCCGAGAGACAGAGGUCUGCCAGGAAUCACCUUGUCCAAUUAACGGAGGCUGGGGACCCUGGUCUCUGUGGGACACCUGUUCUGUCACCUGUGGAGGUGGACUCCAGACUCGCCAGCGUCUCUGUAACAACCCCGCCCCCAAGUACAAAGGGAAGGAAUGUCAGGGUGACACCAAAACAUCCCAAUUGUGUGGCAAAGAGGACUGCCCUAUCAAUGGCUGUCUGUCCAACCCGUGCUUUGKUGGAGCUAAGUGUACCAGCUUUGAUGAUGGUUCCUGGAAGUGUGGCUCAUGCCCAGUGGGCUACACCGGAGACGGCAUCAACUGCAAGGACAUCGACGAGUGCAAGGAGGUCCCUGAUGCGUGCUUCACACUCAACGGAGUCCACCGCUGUGAGAACACUGAGCCUGGCUACAACUGCCUUGCCUGRCCCACUCGCUACUCAGGACCACAGCCCUUCGGGAGGGGAGUGGAGCAGGCCACAGCCAAGAAACAGGUGUGCACACCCCGUAACCCCUGCCAAGACGGCAGCCAUGAUUGCAACAAGAAUGCUAACUGUAUCUACCUGGGUCAGUUCAGCGACACCAUGUUCCGCUGUGAGUGCAAACCUGGUUACGCUGGCAAUGGCCACAUCUGUGGAGAUGACACCGACCUGGAUGGAUGGCCCAACAAAGACCUCCUGUGUGUGGAGAACGCCACCUACCACUGCAAGAAAGACAACUGUCCAAACCUUCCCAACUCUGGGCAGGAGGACCAUGACAAAGAUGGGCUUGGUGACGCUUGCGAUSACGAUGAUGACAACGAUGGGAUCCCUGAUGAUAGGGACAACUGCCCAAUGGUCUACAACCCAGCUCAGUAUGAUGUGGACACAGAUGACGUUGGUGAUCGCUGUGAUAACUGUGUGCAUGAGAGCAACCCUGACCAAGUCGACACAGACAACAACGGAGAGGGAGAUGCCUGUGCUAUUGACAUUGACGGUGAUGGUAUUCUAAAUGAGAGGGACAACUGCCCCUAUGUCUACAAUGUGGACCAGAGAGACACUGACGGGGACGGAGUGGGAGACCACUGUGACAACUGCCCUCUUGAGCACAACCCAGACCAGAUUGACUCUGACUCAGAUCGUGUGGGAGACAAGUGCGACAACAACCAGGACAUUGAUGAGGACGGUCAUCAGAACAACUUGGACAACUGUCCCUAUAUCCCCAACGCCAACCAGGCCGACCACGACAAAGAUGGCAAGGGUGACGCCUGCGACCACGAUGACGACAACGACGGUAUCCCUGACGACAAGGACAACUGCAGGCUGGCCUUUAACCCUGACCAGCUGGACUCUGAUGGUGAUGGUCGUGGAGAUGUUUGCAAAGAUGACUUUGACCAAGACAACAUACUUGAUAUCUACGAUGUGUGCCCUGAGAACUUUGCCAUCAGCGAGACGGACUUCCGCAGGUUCCAGAUGGUACCGCUGGACCCCAAGGGCACCUCCCAGAUCGACCCCAACUGGGUGGUCCGCCACCAGGGCAAAGAGCUGGUGCAGACUGUCAACUGUGACCCUGGCAUCGCUGUUGGGUUCGAUGAGUUUAACGCAGUGGACUUCAGUGGAACGUUCUUCAUCAACACAGACAGGGAUGAUGACUACGCUGGCUUUGUGUUUGGCUACCAGUCCAGCUCCAGGUUCUAUGUGGUGAUGUGGAAGCAGAUCACACAGACCUACUGGUCCCACACCCCGACCAGAGCUCAGGGCUACUCUGGAGUGUCCAUUAAAGUAGUCAACUCCACCACAGGACCUGGGGAGCAUCUGAGGAACGCCCUUUGGCACACCGGUGACACUGCUGGACAGGUACGUACUCUGUGGCACGACCCCAAGAACAUUGGCUGGAAAGACUACACCGCCUACAGAUGGCACCUGGUCCACAGGCCCAAGUCUGGACUCAUCAGAGUUGUGAUGUAUGAAGGCAAGAGAAUCAUGGCCGAUUCUGGAAAUAUCUACGACAAGACUUAUGCUGGUGGCAGACUAGGCAUGUAUGUCUUCUCUCAGGAGAUGACAUACUUCUCAGACCUCAAAUACGAAUGCAGAGAUUCUUAAAUUAGACCAGAGAGAGGCUCUUAGAAGAAUGUAUCUACCUGCUCAAAUAUACAUGUAACGUAUGACCUGGGACCAUAUCUUUAUUACUCUUUACUUUGUGACGUGCACAUUGGUGGAAUGGAGAGCGAGUGUGCAGCAUUGAGGCAGACUGACCUCAGGACAUAGGCCAACUGACUGCCCUGUGAUGACUAGACCCCUGCACUAACAGCAGGUUGAGCAUAACUUUGCUCAGUGAAGAAAUCGGUCUCUCUCCGUCUCUGAAGUMUCUGUUUCUCUAGCUGUACUCAGACCCAUAUCUCUGCACUUCUGAACUAGUUGGUAUCCCUCUCUGGAUGGAGGUCCAAAGGGAAGAGUAUUUUCUUUAUUUUUGAGCAUUACUUCAGAUCUGCUGUGGACUCAAAAGGACUUGAGUUGUUUCCAAAUGAAGAAAGCAGUAGAUGUUCUACAAAUGGGCCAGAGAUACCUGCUGAAGGAACUGUGGAGGCACCAUGGACAGUAUGGAUUGACUGUUACCAUCAAAGAGAGUGAAUGCUACCCAUGAAGAGCUUUGUGAUAAAGGCACCUAAGCCAAUUGUAGUCAAUGCAUUAGCAAUUUCAAAUUCUAGAUAACUAGAGUCUAGAAAUAGUUAUAUUCGGUAACUAAUUGGCUUUUAGUAGACACUUGAAGUUCAGCUCAGUAUGAAGUAUGUCCUCAGGGUUUGACCAGGCUUGCCAAGUGGUUUUCAGGAAAGAACUCUAGAUGAUAUAUGGAAGGAGCAUAGAACCAGGACUUGCACCAAAAGCCAAUAUAGACUACUAGCGAACAACAACACAAUUGCUAUUUCGCCAGAAUUCCAGGAAGAUAUUUUUUGUUUUCUCUCAUCUUAGUAUAGACAUAAGUGGAGGGACAAAAACCACAUGGGUCAGUCUAACCUGCCUUAAAAGGACUAUGGUUACUAAGGUUGUAUAUAACUUAUUACAUAUUUUGUUUGUUACCAUUUGAGAGUAUUGACACAUGAUCCUAGAGUUAGGAUAUCUCUUGUCUUUUUUCAUCUCUGUGUCUUAUUUUCAUAGAAACCUGUUCUAAAUAAUUGAAAUCUUGAAACCGGGAUAAAUCCCUCUAAAAAGUCCUCUAAUAACAGUGUUCAGUACUAUCAGUAUUAUCCCUCACACCAACCUUCCAAAAUAGACUAAUUAGGUGUCGUUUAAAUCUCAUUGUUCUUUUGCACAGUAUGUCUGACUUGUGUGCUUGAGAAUGUGUGUACAUUUCUGAUGGUAAAAACAAAGGAAAACCUUUAUGUACAAAUAUUACCUCAUUCUUUUUUUAUUGAAACCAACAAAACAUGAUAGUACCUUUUUAGCAGCAGAAUUUGGUUGGCUUUUUUGUGUGUGUUUCACUGUAGUACAAUCAUUUGUAUGCUGUAAGAUAUUUUUGUWGCAGAAAAUUCCUCAACAAGAAAGCAAUUGAUAAAAACGUUUUCAUAAAUAUGGUGUGCUUUAUGUAUGUCCUGUGCAUUUGUAAUGGAUAAAUUAUUGUUAGGAUUGUCUGUUCUAUGUUAAGAGGUUAUUUCAUAUGUGUAGAUAAAUGCUAUUUAAAUAAUUUAUCAAGAAACGUGACCUGUGUUUCUGUUUGUAUAAACUUGUUUGCACACUGACAUGAGGAUAUCUUUGAAUAUUGUUUUGUUUUGUAUAUUUCCUUUCUUUUUUUACUGUUAGUGAUGCUCGUCUAUAAAAAAAAUUACCAUAGUUUUACUCCCCAAAUGUUGUUUCUACUUCUGUCAGUUAUUUUGUAAUCUCAACCAAACAAUAAAUACACAAGGGAAAAA